UCUUUUCUUUACUGCAAACAUGACACACCAUUAUGAUCUUGUUCACUAUCCAACAUCUGAUACAAUAAAGAUUGUAACGAAUUUAUUAGAGCGCAUCACUAGGACAAAUGAUAGAAUACAACAAUCAUCAAGACAUACGUCUCCUUAUGCCUGUUUUUACGCACGAGCCAUACCCAAUAUCAAUAUUGAAGCUUACCUCGUUCGUAUCUUGAAGUAUUGUCCUUGUGCCAACGAAUGCUUUCUUAGCCUCCUUGUCUAUUUUGACCGCAUGUCCAGAAACUCAUCUGGACUUCGCAUCGACUCAUUUAAUAUUCAUCGUCUCGUCAUUACUGGCAUCAUGAUUGCCAGUAAGUUUUUUUCAGAUGUAUUUUAUACCAACGCUCGAUAUGCCAAGGUUGGUGGUUUACCUGUAUCAGAGUUAAACACGCUGGAACUCCAAUUUUUGAAACUAAACAAUUUUAGACUAAACGUUCAAGUAGAAGAAUUACAACAAUACGGUGAUCAACUGCUUGGACAUUGGAUGCGUCGUAAUAAGCCUAUCCAUCACAAGACCUCGGAUGAAUAUUAUAAAAAUCCAGAUUAUCAAGCCAUCAUUAAGUACACAACUGAUCACAGGUCGAAUAACAAUCAUAUGCUCAGUAAUCAUUGUUCAUCCAACUUGCUAUUUACCACUAAAAAAAACGUUUCAGAAAAGUACGACACAAUCACUCCAUGUUAAAACAAAAAAAGUAUAAUAACUAUUGCAUUCAUCCUAUUGUAAAUAACACAUACAAACAUUACCACUUUAUACAUGUAAAUAAAAUAAAAAUAAAAAAAAAAGACGUAAAGGGUCUAAAACCAAUUUUGGAAAUUUA